AUGUUAACAAGACUCGGCGUUUACGUCGGAAGGCUAUCCCGUGUCGCCUCUCCUCCCAUCCCAGUGUAUCCUCUCCUUCCCAUCCCGCCAGCGCCUCUCCCUCCUCCCAACCGCCAUCGCCUCUCCCUCCCAUCCCGCCAUAACCUCUCCCUCCCGCCCCGUCAUAGCCGCUCCCUUCCUCCUUGCCGUCGCCUCUCCCUCCCUUCCCGUCGUCGCCUCUGGUGGGUGCACGAGCCAUUACACUCCCAUUGCUCUCCUCUUUGGUCGCCUAACGCGCUGGCGCCUAUCGCGCUAGCGCCUAACGCGCUGGCGUCUAGCGCGCUGGCGCCUAGCGCGCUGGCGCCUAGCGCGCUGGCGCCUAGCGCGCUGGCGCCUAGCGCGCUGGCGCCUAGCGCGCUGGCGUCUAACGCGCUGGCACCUAGCGCGCUGGCGCCUAGCGCGCUGGCGCCUAGCGCGCUGGCGCCUAGCGCGCUGGCGCCUAGCGCGCUGGCGCCUAGCGCGCUGGCGCCUAGCGCGCUGGCGCCUAGCGCGCUGGCGCCUAGCGCGCUGGCGCCUAGCGCGCUGGCGCCUAGCGCGCUGGCGCCUAGCGUGCUGAGGGAGCGCGUGCGUGAGGGAGUGCGUGAGGGAGCGCUAAUUGUGCCGUUUAGAUCGCCCUCUAGCGGCCUCUUAUCGCCCUCUCGCCGCCUCCGUCCCGACGUCGCGCUCGCUAUCUCCCAUCGCGGCCCUCCCCUCAGUUCGCGUCGCCUCGCUAUCUCUUCCCCCCCAUCCCGUCGCCUCGCUAUCUCUCCCCUCCCAUCCCGCACGCCUUUCUCUGCCGUCUCUCGUCUUCUCUCACGUCGCCCCUCCCCUCCCGUCGCCUUUCCCUCCCGUUGCUUUCCUCUCCCCUCGCCUUUCUCUCCCAUCGCCUUUCCCUCCCGUUGCUUUCCUCUCCCCUCGCCUUUCUCUCCCAUCGCCUUUCCCUCCCGUUGCUUUCCUCUCCCCUCGCCUUUCUCUCCCAUCGCCUUUCCCUCCCGUUGCUUUCCUCUCCCCUCGCCUUUCCCCUUCGUCGCCUUUCUUCUCCCGUCGCCUCUCAUCUCCCGCCGCCCUUCCUUCUCUCCCGUCGCCUUUCCUCUCCAGUCGCCUCUCCUCUCCUGCCGCCCUUCCUUCUCUCCCGUCGCCUAUCUUUCCCUCUCGUCGCCCUUUCUCUCCCGUCGCCCUUCAUCUCUCGCGUCGCUCUUCCUCUCUCCCGUCGCCCUUUCUCUCUCCCGUCGCCCUUUCUCUCCCGAAGCUCUUCCUCUCUUCCGUCGCCCUUCCUCUCUCCCCUCCUACCACCCACCUCGGCGCCCUCCCGUCGCCCCGAAAUGCCUGCUCGUCGCCCUUCCUCUCUCCCCUCCCACUACCCACCUCGGCGCCUUCGCGCUCGCCCCGAAAUGCCUGCCCGUCGCCCUUCCUCUCUCCCCUCCUACCACCCACCUCGGCACCCUCCCAUCGCCCCGAAAUGCCUGCUCGUCGCCCUUCCUCUCUCCCCUCCCACUACCCACCUCGGCGCCUUCGCGCUCGCCCCGAAAUGCCUGCCCGUCGCCCUUCCUCUCUCCCCUCCUACCACCCACCUCGGCACCCUCCCGUCGCCCCGAAAUGCCUGCUCGUCGCCCUUCCUCUCUCCCCUCCCACUACCCACCUCGGCGCCUUCGCGCUCGCCCCGAAAUGCCUGCCCGUCGCCCUUCCUCUCUCCCCUCCUACCACCCACCUCGGCACCCUCCCGUCGCCCCGAAAUGCCUGCUCGUCGCCCUUCCUCUCUCCCCUCCCACUACCCACCUCGGCGCCUUCGCGCUCGCACCAAAAUGUCUGCCCGUCGCCCUUCGUCACUCCCCUUCCAUCACCCACCUCGGCGCCUGCGCGCUCGCCCCGAAAUGCAUGCCCGUCGCCCCUCGUUCUCCCCUCCCAACACCUUACCAUUCCGCUAUUCUCGUUCACUCUGCUCUCUUCAAGAUGCCGCCGUUCCGGUUACCGCCGGGGUUCCGGUUCCACCCGACGGACGAGGAGCUGCUGGGGUACUACCUGCAGCGGAAGGUGGAGAACCGCCUCGUGGACGACGGGCUCAUCGUGGAGGUCGACAUUCUCAAGUGCGAGCCGUGGGACCUGCCCAGCCAGUCGUGCCUCGAGGCGGGCGAGUGGUACUUCUUCUGCGCGCGCGACAAGAAGUAUCCGCAUGGGUCGCGCGCGAAUCGCGCCACGGCGAAGGGGUACUGGAAGUCGACCGGCAAGGACAAGCCCGUGCGCAGCUCGCGCACGUCGCGACAAAUCGGGAUUAAGAAGACGCUCGUGUUUUACCUCGGGAGGGCGCCACGUGGCGAGCGGACGGACUGGGUGAUGCACGAGUACCGGCUGGAGCCCGAAUCGCGGUCGCGCGGCGGCCCCGCGGCGGACUACGUGCUGUGCCGCGUGUUCAACAAGAGCGCCGGUGCCGCGGAGACCGCGUUGCCGAUGGAUCAAGACGACGGGCAGCCCACUGCGAGCGAGCCGCCGUGGGAGACGGGAGGAGGCGGAGGAGGAGGCAAUACUCCGGGUGGUGUGUCGCCGUCGGGUGCGGGUGGUGCGGGUGGAGGGGGACAGCCCAUAAAGCUUAGGGGGAGCGGAGCUGCGGGAGGCGCGGAGGAAGCGGGCGCGAGCGACGUGGAGUCGGAGGGCGCGUUGACUACCACCACCGACCUUCAUCCGUUCUUCCGGGAACCUUCCGCCCGCAGCGACGGCACGAACGGCUUCUCCGUCGUUCCCGAGUCUCUUCCCGCUCCUGCCGCAGCCUACCCGUCCGUGCCCGCUUUCCUCGCCGCUGACGCGUCAUUCGUCUCCCUGGGAACGUUCGAGCCGCCGUCACAGGAGCCGGGAUUUCCGGAUUUCCCGUUCGAGCUGCCGCCCGUUUCGGAGCUGGGGCACAUGGAGGGCGGCGCGGAGAAUCUGAUGGACAUUCUGGGGUUGGAGGAGGUCGAUCUCGUUCCCGUCGAUCCGGCCGCCGCGCCGCUUGUGCCCGUAGCCGCGCCGGAUGUGUCGGCGACUGCGAGCGGGAUUGUUGGGAGCGGAGCGGCGCGGCAGGAGGCGGAGAGCGACGUGGAUGUGGACGGAUUGUGGGAGAACAUUCAGUGGCAAGCCGUGCCUGCAGCGGGCGCUGCGGCGGCGGGCCACGUGGAGGAUGGGGCCGCCCACGUGGCAGAGGCGGACGAGUGGAAUAUACCGAUGGAGGGCGGUGAGGAGUGGUUGGGCGAGCAACUGCCGGCGUUGAAUCUCCCCGAAGGCAUCUCCAUCGACGAUUUCCUCGAAGACGCGCUUGUCGCCGACGACCUUUACGAAAACCACGCCGCUCUUCCCGCGGCUCCUGCCGUUCUCGCUGCGCCGGGUGCGCCUGUUGCGCGUGCGAUGGCGGCGCCUGGUGGUUUCCCACCUGCUGCGCGAGCGGCACUCAGAGCAGCGGCGCCCGCGCCUCUGCGAUCAGCGCACGCAGCCGGCACAGCCACCAUCGCAGCGGCCGCCGCAGCGCUGGCGAAGGCCAAAGCAGCACAGGGGGCCGCCGCCGCAGCAGCAGCAGGGGGAGGCUUCGCACCGCUCGCUACCGCUUCCAAUCCUGGUCUCGCUCCCAUGGGCGCCACCACCACGCGAGCACUGGUGCGGCCGAGGUCGCGGCCUGUGCGCGCCGCUGGCGCCGUCAUGCCGGCCGCCGGCGCGUCAGUGGCUGGGCGGCGUGUGCGCAUGCAAGUGUUCAACCCGUCGCAGCUGGCGGGUGGCAGCGGCGGAGCGCGUCUGGCGAGCAGCGGCAGCCGCAGUGGCGCGCCGUCGUUGAAUCUGGACGCGCGCCCAACUCCUUACGCGCACGCGCAGGCGCGUCUGGCCCAGGCUGAUGGCAGUAUGGGUGAUGAGGACUGUUUCAUGGGUGCUCAAGAGUGGUCUAGGGGGAUGGAUCAGCAUGAGGGCAUGGUAGCAGCAACACCCGUAGCAGCAACACCCAUAGCAGCAACACCCGUAGCAGCAACAUCCAUAGCAGCAACACCCAUAGCAGCGUUUGAUGGGCGGGGUCUGGAUUCACGCAUGGAGCUCAGCGCCGUUGCAGACGUCACAAUGCAUUUCGGCGUGGAAGACGUGGAAAGACACGGGGCUCACAUGACACACCACCCUGCUCACGCCCACACGCAUGCUGGUGUGGGUGAUCAUGCUCCUGCUACUGGCGCCGCUGCUGGCGCCGCUGGUGCUGCGGCAGACGGUGCGUUUGGUGGUGCUGCUGGGCCGGCAGGUGCGCUGUUGGUGGUGGGGCAAGAGGAGGGAGUACGGAUAUUGCCCGUGCCACAUGGCGGGGCGGCAGAGGGCGGUGCAGCAGAGGAUGGUGCGGUCGAGGGCGGUGCAAGAGAAGGUGGUGCUGUAGGGUUAGCGGCUGCUGAGCCUGUUCGACUGCAUGCACAUGUGCUUGAAGCGCUUGCGUUACAGCCACACCCGUUACAGGAACGGGGAGGGCACGCGGAGAUGGAAGGGGAGGCGGAGUUGGCAGGGCUGGACGAUCUUGUGUUGGUUGAUGGCGCCGCUGCCCUCGCUGCUGCCCCUGCCGCCCCUCCUCCGCCUGCCGCCCUUGCGGCCCCUCCCGCUGCCCUUGCUGUCCCUGCAGGUGCAGCUGAUGUUCCUAUAGCGGAUGUUCCUCUAGCGGUCGAGCCUUUAGCUGGUGUUCCUGUAGCUUAUCAUUUGUUAGAGCCCCCUGUUCCUGGUGCUCCUGCCAGGGCUGCUGCCGCCCUGCCUCUCGCGGCACCAGUUCCACCUGCGCCCGCUGGGGCGCAUCUAGCUCCUCCCGCCGUCCUUGCUGCACAAGAGGCCGCUCCUGCCGCUGCGCCUGCAGCUCCUGCCUUACCUGCCGCAGCGGAAGGGGUGCUUCCAGCCCCUGCUGCUGCAGCAGCAGCGGCAGCGGAGGCGGAGGCAGGCGGAGCAGCAGCUGGUGCCGUGAUGCUUGGGGCGGCAGCAGGGCGUGCGGUGGUGGAAGAUGGAGGUGCGGCGGCUCUUGCCGCGCAGCACGAUCCACGAAUGCUGGAGCGCGAAGGAGGGGAGGAGCGUGGAGGAGUUGAGGGACAGGGAGGCUUGGAGGGUGAGAUAAUGGCUGGUCAUGGCGAUGAUGAGAGGGUUGACGGCGAGGGAGGUGCAGGGGUGGUGGUUGCUCCGGACGACGGGGAGAUAUUGCACGCGCAGGGAGGUGGUGGUGUGGCACGUGUGGUACACAUAGGGCAGGCAAGACAGCAGCCUCUGCAGCACGCGAGGCUCCAAGUGGCAGGAGGUGGCGACGUGGCUGGCCGCCAUGAGGCUCAGCUUUACAAUCCGCUGCAUGGCCCCACUGCAGCAACUCCAUCCCAGAUGAUGCCGACACACAGUGUGCUGCCAGGCGGCAGCGCUGCACCACAAGGCGUGUGCGCUGGUGGCCCUCAGCGCGCUCUUAGGAGUUCAAGUAUUGCUCAAUCCGACGACGCUUCCGUAGCUCAGGCGGAGAUUCUCACAACAGCAGCAGCAGGCGUGUCAGCAGCUGCUGUUAAAUCGCUGGGCCUUCCAGCGCCUGCUGCAACAGCCAGUGCUGUUUCGUCAGACUGUUUAAGUGCAGUCGAUGCAGCCGAUGAAGCGGGGCCAGCAGGGCCAGCGGCAGUGAUUUCCAAGGGAGUGCGCGUGGGGGGAGGCAGGCCGGUGCACUCGCUGUCACGUGCAGGGGCAGGUGGGGGGGGGUUGAGGCCGGGUGGGGGCGUGCGACCCGCUCCUCGGUACCUGAGCGGUGUGCUGCAGCUGCUCUCCGCCCUCCCUGCUCGCCCUGCCCAUGCCGCUGAGCUGGCUGCAGGCAGAGGGGCAGCCGGUGGGUUGCAGGGUCAGGGGGCUUCUGGGGAAAAGGGUGGUGGGGUGGAGAAGCAGGUGGAGGUAGAGGAGUGGAGCGAGAAGGAAGAGGAAGAGGAAGAGGAGGUGUUUGAGUCGCGCUGGUGGGUUGAUUCUGAAGGGAGGGUGGUGCAGAAAGACAGGCUGCUGGGGUUUAGUGGGAGGGGUUGGAGAAGCGGGAGAGGAGGCUUAGAGAUGGAGGAGUGGGAGGUUGAGACGGAGGAGGUGGAGAUAGAGGAGAUUGAAUCAGAGGACGUUGAUGUAUUGUCGUCUGUGGUGACUCAUGAGGACACUGCGCACCCUGACUUGCAGGAUACGGCCAGCAGUGCAGGGUCAGGGGGGUCCGGUGGAAGCAGGGAAUUGGAUAAGAACGUAGGGGGCAGCGAGGGGAGGAGUAAUGGCAGGACGAGCAGCAGCAGGGUGGUGCGGCGUCACAGAGUGACGGUUGCCACGGGGUGGGUUGAUCGGCCGCACCAGCCAGACGAUACUGCAUCUGCAUCUCCGCUUGCCAAAAAAAAAAACACGUCCAGGGCAAAAGGCUAUGGUCUGAUGAAGGACGGUGUGGGCGCUAAUGGGCGGCUGAAAGAGCUGGAGGAGCUGGGGGAGCUGUCGCCCUGGACGCUGCUUGCUCUGCUGCUGCGGCCGCUAGUGGUGGCAGUGAGGCGAUGGCUGCAUGAGCAGAGGCUGCUGUUGUGGGUGGCCUUGGCGCUGUGCUGUGUUUCUGUGGGCGUGCUCUUGGCGCCUGCGUGGCGUGUUCUGCCUCCAUUUGUUGCCGUGUGA